UUCUCUAAUCGCCCGUCGCUCCGAUCUCGCGUUUCGCUAUUGUUACCAUUAACCUCAUCCUUCUGCUCGUUCAAAAAAACCCAAAUUGAAAGUGUGAGACUUUUCGAUUUGAAUCAUGCGCUGCAAGGGAUGCAAUGGGAGCAACUUUCAGCGCGACGAAGUCUCAGGGAAUUCGUUUUGCGGCGGAUGUGGGACAUUACAAGGGUACGAUAACUAUGAUGAGGCUCCACGUAGCGACAUAGGAACGUAUAUCAAAGUAGGCACCACUGGUAAAGGCUUUGUUCUCGCUUAUAAAGAGAAGAAGAUCUUUGAAGCCAAUAAUUUAAUUGAGGCCAUCACAGAGAGAUUGAAUCUGGGUUACAAAGCUGAAGAGAUUAAGAGUAUGAUCAAUAAAAUCACCGAUGGGGAAUUCGGGCAAGGCGAGUGGUUCCCGAUUUUGAUUGGGGCAUGUUGUUAUGCUGUGGUAAGAAAAGAAGGCAAGUGUGUUUUGCCUAUGGAGGAGAUUGCUGUUGCUGUUGGAUGUGAUUUGCAUCAAUUAGGGAGUAUGGCUAAGCGUGUUGUGGAGCAUUUAGAAUUGGAAUUGAGAGAGAUUGAUCUUGUUGGUUUGUUCACCAAAACGACGAGUAAUUCGCCGAGAUUGAGUGUUGUCGAGAGUGAAAAGAGAGAGAGAAUCACAAAGCAAGGAGCAUUUCUGAUGAAUUGUUCAUUGAAGUGGUUUUUGUCGACGGGGAGGAGACCAAUGCCAUUGGUUGUGGCUGUUUUGGCGUUUGUCUGUCAAGUGAAUGGUGUGAAGGUAAAGAUUGAUGAUUUGGCUAAAGAUGCUAAAGUUUCGUUGACUACUUGCAAAACGCGGUAUAAAGAGUUAUCUGAAAAGCUUGUGAAGGUUGCUCAAGAGAUGGGUUUGGCUUGGGCCGAAGAUGUUACUGUGAAGAAUGUUGUGAAACAUUCAGGGAAUUUGCUUGGUUUAAUGGAAAAUAAGUCCAUGAGAAAGAUAAUACAGGGGAAAGGGGAUGAAGUGGUUAGAAGUGAUGGAUUUUGUUUGAAGGAUAUAGUAAGGGAUUGCUUAAGAAAAGAAGCUAUGUAUUGUGAUGAUGAUGAUGGUCAAGAUAAUUUGUCUCGGUAUUUUGAUUUUGGAGGUGAAAGUGAGCUUACUUUAUGUAACAACGAUGAUAAUGUAUCGCUACAACAGUUAACUACAAUGAAUAAAGAGUUCGAAGAUGGAGUUUGCAGUGGGACUCUUGGGAAAAGAAGUCAGGAUAAUAAUAAUAGUCUGUGGCAAGGGAGAUCGGUUUUUCAAAUGGUUUCGUCUGAAGAUUGGUGGAAAGGGAAAUCAAAGUUGAGUCAAAGGCUUUCACUUAAGGAAGUGUUGGAGAAAGAUGUAGGGCUUGAUGCUUUGCCUCCUUCUUACAUAAAAGGUUGCGUUGCAGUCGAAAGACGUAGAGAAAAGAUUAAAGCGGCUAAGUUACGGAUUAAUGCGAUACAACAUCCUUCUGACAUAGUUAGUGGAAAAGAGCUGUCUUUGGAGCUUAAACAUAUCAAGAAGAAAAGGAAGAUAGGAUCUGAAAUUAAUUGGGAGGAUUUGGUUAUACAGACUCUGGUCCUACACGGUGUGAGCGACGAAGAAAUCGAGAAGGGACAUUACGAAGCUUUGCAAGACUUGCAUGUUUUCAACUCUGGGGAGGCUUGAAUUAAAAUGCUUCUCUUGAUAUUGGAACUUGUG